GCUGCUGACAUAGCACAAGCACUGCAGUAGUCAGGCCCGCGAGCUAAGCUGAACUAGAGAGCAUAACCAGUAGUGACAAACACGGGCGACAGAAGCUAGACAUGUGCAGUAUCUGUAAUCUACUAAUGUACUGUUCACAAGCGCCAGACGCUUGUCGCUGGUAGUGUAAUUGCGGACGUCUAUCGGGCACACGGCACAUAACAGAGCCAUAUCUACCACGACUGUGUAUAUAUCUACCUGAGCAACCAUGGCUGGCCGCGCGGUCAACAUGCGCGCCUCAGCGCAGUGGUUCAACCCAGAUGACUUCGACGAGGCAACGCUGUCGGGACCGCCCCCCGGCGUGCGCACGUCGGGGAGCGGGGCGCUGCCAGGGGGGGCACGCGUGGCGGCCGGGACCCUGGCACGCCCCGGCCCGCCGGCAUCCCCCGGGCGAGGCGCGCCCGGCCCGGCAGCCAGGCCCGGGGCCGCGGCCAGUCCGGCCCGGCCACAGUCUGCAGGCCGCCGGCCGCCGCCCUUCUCGCACCACAACCCGCAAGCGGGCGGCGGCGACAGCGCAGACCGGGAGUCACCGGGAGGAGGAGGCGGCGGCGGCGGAAUGGCCGCGGCUGCGCCGCGGCGGGUGGGCAGCGGCGGCAACUUCGCUGCGCCGCCCUCGCCUGGAGGGGGCGCCGGCGGCGGCGGCGGAGGAGGAGGCGGGCUGAAGGGCCUGCCGCCGGGUGUGACCAUCCCUGACCGGGCCGGCACCGCCAUCACCACCAGCACGGAGAGGGACGGCCAGGGCCGCACCAUCGUGACCCGCACCACCGUCACGCGCACCACCUCGGGCCGCAUCAAGGCCGAGGUGCACACCACCACCUCCGGACCCGCACACCUCGUGCACGGAGCCGGCGGCGGCGGCGGCGGCGGCGGCGGCGGCGGCGGCGCUGCAGGGGCUGGAUACGUGGAGGACUCCAUUUCGCCCAACCGGCGUGCGGGGCCGGGUGCGGCGGCGCCUUGGGCGGCCGGCGUGCGCGGCGACGUGUCCCCCAGCGCCCCCGCCUCGCCAGUGACGCCGCCGGGCGCGGUGCGGCGAGGCCCCAGCGGCGGCGGCGGCGGCGGCGCCCCCGCGGGCGGCGGCGUGCUGGCGGGUGCGCCGGCCAGUGCACUGCGCAUGAGCCAGAGCGGCAGCCUCAGCGGCGCCCUGCCUGGCGGCGCCAACCCACGGGCCAGCCUUAGCGGCUUAGCCACGAUGCCUGCAGGCGCGGCAGCGGCGGCAGGCGCCGGCGGCGGCGCCCGGGUCAGCGCCAGCGGCCACAGCCCCACCAUCAGCCCACGGCCUGCCUCCACACAGCGGCCGGACCGGCCGGCGUCGGCUCGGGGCCCGCCCGCCACACCGCCGUCGCCGUCCACAGCCGCCGCCGCCAACAGCCUGCGCAGCUCCUGGGGCGGCCCGCUCAGUGGUGGCGGCGGCGGCGCGGGGCCGGGCGGCGGCGGCGCUCUGGCCGGCGGCCCCAUGCGCCCCGCCUCGCCCGCCCGCACCGCCCCGGUCGCCGCCAAGCCGCUUGCCGUCAGCAGCGGCGGCGCCGCCAGCGUCCCCAUGGCCUUUACGAACACGCCGUCGUCGCCGGGUGGCGGCGCCGCCGCCGGCAGCGGCCGCGCGCCCUCCGCCGGCCGCAUGCGCAUGUCUGCCGGCUUCGCCGCCGCACACGGCCUGGGGGCCACUGGCGGCGGCGGUGGCGGCGGCGGCGGCGGCGGCGGCCUCAGCGGCGGCCCCUCGCAGCCUGAGGUAUUCAUGUUCAACAACGGCGGCGCCGGCGGCAACCCGGCUGUGGCGCUUGCCAGGCAGGGCUCGGGUCGCUACAGCACCCCGGGCAGCAGCAGCGGUGGCGGCGCGCUGACAGCGGAGCCGCCCUCCCCCAGCAAGCUGAUCGCAAUGGGCAGCCUGCGCCGCAGUGCCGCACAACUGCCGGACUCGCCCGCGCCGCCGUCGCCGCCCAUGCCUUCCAAGGCGUCAGGCGGCGCCACGGCGGCGGCGGCGGCGGCGGCGGCGGCGGCGGCGGCGGCGGCGGCGGGAGGCGCGGCGCUGAAGGCCCAGGGCAGCAUCGCACGGUCGGCCAGUGUGGGCCGGGCGGCGCCAGGGCCGGAGUCGCCGGCUCGUGCGCAGCCGGCUGCUGCGCCUGCCGCUGCGGCACCCCCCAAGCCGGCGGCGGCGCCUGCCGCCAAGCCUGCCGCCGCGGCUCCGGCUGCAGCCGCUGCGGCCAAGGCCGCGGCGCCUGCUCCUGCCAAGCCGGUUGCGACGCCAGUGGCUGCCAAGUCCCCGUCGUCUCCGGCGCCCGUGCCUGGCGCCGCCAAGCCCCUUGGCACGGCCGCGCCCCCGGGCGGCUCCGUGCUUGACGCGGCUGCUCCCGACGCCAAGGCCCGCGUCAAGGCCAACAUCGGCAAGCUGGUGGCGGCGGCCAAGGUGCUGGGCACGCGGCGCAACGCGGGGCUGUGCGCCGUCAGCCUGGCCUUCCUGCGCCGCUUCCGCACCAAGCUGCUCAAGGAGCGCAAGGACGCCGCCGCGCUGUGCACCGCGCAGGUGGUGAUGGAGGUGAUCAAGCCCAUGACCGCCGGCGCCGCCUGCCGCCUGACCGACCUGCCGGACCUGCAGGGCCCGGGCGGCCUGGUGGGGGAGGCGGACGUGGGCGGACCCGCCUACUUCAUCAGCCACGCCUGGUCCAUGCCCUUCCUGCAGCUGCUGGACGCGGUGUUUACUCACCUGCAGGGUGCUCUGGACUCGACUCGCGUGUGGCUGGACAUCUUCGCCGUGAACCAGCACCCGGGUGUGGAGCAGAAGGACGACCUGGACAACCUGCGCACAGCCAUACGCCUCAGCCAGGCCACACUGGUGGUACUGGACGCGGCGGGCACCCCCCUGGAGCGCGUGUGGUGCCUGUACGAGUUCGACAAGACACUGGCGCUCAAGGGCGCCGACGCGCUGGUGCUGCUGACGCCUGGGUUCUCGGUGCGCGAGGUGGCUUCCAUCUUCCGCGGCAUUGACGUGGACGCCGCCAAGGCCACCGUGAUCAGUGACAAGGACAUGAUCCUGGACGACAUACGCGCCAACCACGGAUCAACACAGGCCUUCAACGCCAAGCUCAAGCUGCGCUUCCUGCUGGACCCGCUCGACUGCAAGCCCGACAUGAUGGCGCUGGCGGCGCGCGCCGGAGCCGACCCCGCCGCCUGGGACCUGCGGCCGGUGGCGGCCUGGCUGGGGCAGCCCGCGGCGCCACAGGUGGCGGUGCUGUCGGCGCCACCAGGAACAGGCAAGUCCACGGUGACAGCUGUGCUGUGCAUGGGACCCGAGGCGGCGGCGGAGGUGGCGGCGGCGGCCGCAGCGGGCGAGUCGCCGGACCGGCCCGCCACCGCCGGCCGCCGCCCCGCCGCCGACGCCCUGACCCGCCGCGUCAGCCAGAGCAGCGGCGGCGGCGGCGGCGGCGGCGGUAGCAGCGGCGUUACUGUGCACGCCUACCACUUCUGCAAGUAUAGCGACGCCCGGCGGCAGGACCCGGUGCGUGUGGUCAAGUCUCUGGCCUACCAGCUGGCCGCCUCGCUGCCCGCCCUGGCGCCCUACUACUGCGCCCUGGACCCGGGCACUCUGAUGCAGCUCACCGCGCCGGACGCCGCAGCGAGGGAGCUGCUGCUGCACCCGCUGCAGACCUACGCGCGAGGGCAGCAGGUUCUGCUGGUGCUUGAUGCCCUGGACGAGGCCGACAAGGGCGCCGCCGGCGGCAACACCGCCUCCUCCUCCGGCGGCGGCGGCGCGCCUGCCUCGGCGCUUGACAACAAGGUGCUCCAGCUGCUGCUGCACCAGCUGGCGUUGCUGCCGCCCAACGUGCGGCUGCUGACCAGCUGCCGCCCGGAGCGGCACCUGGUGGAGCCGCUGCGCAGCCGCUUCCCGCGCCUGCAGGACUUUGCGCCCAGCCAGCUGAGGCGGCCGGAGAAGACGCAGGCGGCCAUGCAGAAAGCCCUGGUGGAGCGCUUCGGCGAGGCGCCCGCCAAGCAGCUGCUGGCGGCGGGCGGCGCUCUGGGCGGCGGCGAGGCCAGCCUGGUGUACUUCCCUGUGGUGGGGCUGCUGCGCGCCCCGCUGACGGGGCCGGGCGGCGGCGGCGUGCCGGCGGGGCUGCAGGCGGCCUUUGCGGCGGUGUUCGCGCAGCAGUGGCCGGCAGGCAAGGACGCGCCCAUGGCGCCGCAGGUCCAGAAGCUGCUGGAGGUGCUGGUGGCGGCGCAGGAGCCGCCGCCCAUGUCGCUGCUGGCGGGGCUGGGGCUGCAGCAGGCGCUCAAGCUGCUGCCGGGCUGGGGCACGCUGUUCUUCGAGCGCGACCACGCCGUUCACGUGCUGCACCGCACCCUCAUCGAGUGGCUGCUGGACCGCCGCACCGCCGGCUCCUUCUUUGCGGACGCCCGGCGCGGGCACCUGUCGCUGGGCCGCCACCUGCUGGCGGCGCGCCCCAUCAGUGUGUACGGCGCGCGCUACCUGGCGGCGCACCUCAUCCGGGCAGGCAGCGAGCCGGCGGCGUUGGACAAGGCGCUGCAGGACCUGUCCUAUCUGGAGGCGGCUGUGCGGCAGGGUGACGUGUUCGGGCUGCACGCCGAGCUGGCCGCCCUGCCGCCCGACAGAUCCACACCCGUGGUCAACGACGUGGUCCGCUGGCUGGGCCUGAACGGCCACGUGCUGUGGAGCCACCCGGGUGCGGUGCUGCAGCUGGCGGCGGAGGCGCCUCGCAGCAGCGCCGUGUGGGCGGUGGGCAGCCGCGCGGCGCGCAAGCCGGCGGCGGACAUGCUGAACGAGCCGCAGGACUGGCCGCUGGCAGUCAUGGCACUCACACAGCACAAGGGCCCGGUGUCCGACGUGUCCUACUCCGCCCCCGACGGCCGCCUGAUGGCCUCCGCCUCCCUGGACGGCAGCGUGCGGCUGUGGGACGCCGCCACCGGGGAGCCCAAGGCGGCGCUGGCGGGCGGCGGCGGCCCCGCGCACUGCCUGGCCUACAGCCCCACGGGACACCUCAUGGCCACGGGCGGCGAGGCGGGCGGCGUGAGCCUGUGGGACCCAACCACUGGCGUCAGUCGCUCCGAGAUGCGCGGGCACAACGGUGUGGUGACGGCUCUGGCGUUCAGUGUGGACGGCGGCACACUGGCCAGCGGUGGCGCCGACAAGGCGGUGGUGCUGUGGGCCACCUUCAACGGCUCCCAACGCGCGCAGCUCAAGGGCCACACCGGCGGCCUGGCCCCCGGCGGCCUGGUGUUCAGCCCGGACGGCUGCCUGCUGCUGUCGCUGGCGGCAGGAGACCCCGUGGCGCGCCUGUGGAACGUCAGCGCCGGCAAGCUGCAGGUGGCUCUGGAAGGCCACCGCCAGGGUCUGCUGGCCGGCGCCUUCUCGCCCUCCGGCGCCCUCAUCGCCACCGCCUCCGACACGGUGCGCCUGUGGGACGGCGCCACCGGCGCGCCCCUGGGCGCCCUCACAGACCACAUCUUCCCCAUCGCCGCCCUAGCCUUCACGCCCGACGGCGCCACCCUGGUCUCCGCCGACACCUCCCACACGCUGCGCCUGUGGGGACUGGACGCUGGCGGCAGCACCGGCACCCUGGGCCGCAGCGCGCGGCGGGCGCCGCCCACUCCCAAGGGCGGCCGGGGCGGCGGCGGCAUGGGCGGCCCCGGCGGCGCGCCCCCCUCCGGCGUGACGCCUCUGGGUGUGCUGGAGGCGCCGGAGAGCGGCGGUCAGCUCAGCGCGUUGGCGGUCAGCCCGGACGGAUGUCUGGCGGCCAGCGGCAGUGCGGCGGGCGAGCUGCACGUGUUCGCGCUGGGGGCGGCACUGUCGGGCGGAGGGGCCGGAGGGGGCGGCAUAUCCACGGUGCGGGCGGCGCAUGCGGGCCAGGUCCGGCGGCUGGCCUUCUCGCCCGACAGUCGCUCGCUGGUGUCCGCCUCCGACGACUGCACACUGCGACUGUGGGAGCCGCGCACCGCCCUCAAGGGCCGCAAGCCCGGCGGCGCGGAGGAGGACGCCGCCACCGCGGGCGGCGCGGUGGUGUUCGCGGUGCACUUCUGCCACGGCGGCAAGAUGGUGGCGGCGGUGGGCGAGGACGGCGCGCUGACGCUGUGGGACGCGGGCGCGGGGGUGGUGGUGCGGCGGCCGCAGCGGGGCGGCGGCGCGGCGCGGCCUGCCUGCAGCUGCGUGAGCCCCGAGGGCGGGCUGCUGGCGGUGGGCGAGAGCGACGGCAUCGUGCGGCUGUGGGACCUGGCCAGCGGGCAGCUGAGGGCGCGGCUCAAGGGCCACGGUGACGCGGUGCGCGACCUGUCCUUCCUGCCCGGCCUGGACGCCGUCAAGCCCGGCGGCGGCGCCAACCUGGCCUCCGCCUCCGACGACUGCCGCGUGCGGCUGUGGAACACGGGGAGCGGCGGCUGCACCGCCACACUCACCAAACACACAGCGCAGGUCCCGGCCGUGGCGUUCUCCCCCGGUGGCGCGCUGGUGGCCAGUGGCGACGAGCAGGGCGCCAUCUGGCUGUGGGGCCUGGACGACAAGGGCGGGGGCAGGCCGCUCAACGCGCUCAAGGGGCACGGCGGCGGCGUGCGGCAGCUGGCUUGGGCGCCGGCGGGGGCGGGGGCGGGCGAGCUGCUGGCGAGCGGCGGCGAGGACGGUACCGUGCGGCUGUGGGACUGCGGUGGCGGCGGCGGCGGUGGGCAGGUGGCGGUGCUCAAGGGGCACAAGGAGGCGGUGUGCCGGCUGGCCUGGGGCGGCGGCGGGGGGCGCGGAGGAGGGCUGCUGCUGGCGAGUGGGUCGCGCGGGGAGGGGGCGGCGGGCAGUGUGUUCGUGUGGGAUGCGGGGUCGGCGGCGGGCGGCAAUGCGGCGCCGCUGUACGGCGUGCAUGCGGCCUACAUGACCGCGGACGGCGGGGACGGCGAGGGCCCGGCGGCGGCGGCGGGCGCGGCGGCUGGGUCGCUGUGCACGGUGGUGUCAGCGCUGGAGCACGCGCCGCACCUGACGCUGGUGCGGCAGGGCGGCGGCAAGGCGGCGGGCAAGGACGAGUCGGAGGCGGGCGGCGGGCGGCUGAAGCUGCGGCAGCUGCCCUGCUACACGUCGUUUGCGGCGCCGGCCAGUGUGGCGGUGUCGGCGGGCACGUUUGUGAUGGCGUUCGGCUCCCACGUCUACUUCUACAAGUACUGAGGAGUGAGGAGUGAGGGACCACUCGUGCUAGAUGGCAGUGGGGCAGACUGGUGGUGGUGGCGGUGGGGGUGGGGGUGGGGGUUGUGCGCAUGAAUCCAGCAGCAGGUGCUCACCAGCGGGACUUCGGACUGCUGGAGGGGUGCACGUCAAAGCAUGGGCGGGGAUGGCCCUGGGGUGUGCUGGUCCGUUGUGGGCGCGUGCGUGUGACGUGGCGGCACGCAGUCCGUACAUAGUGCAUGGUCAUAUCCCUCAAGCGGGGCUGGGUUGGCCUUUCAUGGAGAACGGAGUGAUUCAAUAACGUGCAUGAAGUGCCGACGUUCAGCAGUGGGAACAGAAGGAACAUGUGGCGCCCACGGUUGGCGCCUUGCAGGGUUAUUUACUUCCUUGAACAAAAUAAAUGCGGGAGUGGUGUUAAUCCACUCGGGUCGGGUGCUUGUGCGGUUGAAGUCGGCACGCCACGCAGCUCGCUACUGGCGGGGGCACGGGUCAUCUGCGGGUUGGCCAGCUGGGGGGUGGGCGAGGGAGCUGGAGGCGGUUUGUGGAUCGGGCACGGCUGGCGAAGUAACCCCUGAAGGCGGGAUAGGGAACGGGUGCGUGACCCGAGGGACCAGUCGGUCCAGAUUGGGAGUGGGG